AGUGAAUUACAGGGACUUAAUAAGUUAAUAUUUUUGGGGAUUUCGGGGGUAAUCGUUUGCAUAAAGUCGACAACUAAAUGCUCCCAUUGUUCUCGGACUCAAGAUGAUGGGGUCUUUUCUUUCAAAAGCCCUUGUGUACGUAACAAAAUGAAUUUUGGGAUUUUCAUUUUCACUUGUCCAAGUGCUUGUUAUAUGGGAAGGCUAACAUUGCUAAUUUUGAUCUGUAGGCUGGUUUUUGGUUAUGCUUAUCCGGCUUAUGAGUGUUUCAAAACUGCGGAGAAGAAUGAGCCAGAAGUUGGGCAACUUCUGUUUUGGUGUCGGUACUGGAUUUUAGUUGCAAUGCUUACAGUUUGUGAGAGAGUUGGGGAUGCAUUCGUUUCAUGGCUACCAAUGUAUGGUGAAGCAAAGUUGGCAUUCUUCAUAUAUCUAUGGUAUCCCAAAACAAAGGGAACUGCAUAUGUCUAUAAUUCCUUCUUUCGACCUUAUGUGGCCAAACAUGAAACGGAGAUUGAUCGCAACUUAUUCGUGUUGAGAGUUAAGGCUGGUGAUAUAGCAAUUGUUUAUUGGAAAAGGGCUCUAAUUUAUGGCCAGACAAGGUUUUUUGAAAUUCUGCAAUAUGUCUCUUCUCAGUCAGCUGCACCUCAUUCUAAUCGAUCAAGUACUGCUCGUGGAUAAAGAAGAGUGGUCCCUGCAUUUUGACAUCUUGGA